GGGGCAGGAAACGGUGGGGGAGGGCGGACUGUGAGGCUUUGGCGGUGAAACAUGAACAGGAGCCAGCGGGUAGCGAGCAGCCGAACUCUGAGCUCCGUGGAGGUGAAGAGCAAGUUUGGCGCAGAGUUCCGUCGGUUUUCUCUGGACCGGUCCAAGCCGGGCCGCUUCGAUGAGUUCUACGGCCUCCUGCAGCACGUGCAUCGCAUCCCCAACGUGGAGCUGCUGGUGGCCUACGCCGACGUACACGGCGACCUGCUGCCCAUCAACAACGAUGACAACUACCUGAGGGCGGUGAAAAGCGCCAGCCCUCUGCUCAGGCUCUUCCUGCAGAGGAAAGAGGAAGCCGAUUACUCCACGUUUGGGACAGACUCUCUGACCAGGAAGAAGAACACGGUACUUUCAGCGGUCCUUCUGCGGCCCGACCCAAACAAAAAGAAGCCUCCGGUCAUCAUCAGCCUCCCAAAAGACUUCCGGCCCGUAUCGUCCAUCAUCGACGUGGACAUCCUGCCGGAGACGCACAGGCGCGUCCGCCUGUAUAAGCAUGGCCAGGAGAAGCCACUGGGCUUCUACAUCCGGGACGGGUCCAGCGUGCGGGUCACCCCUCAGGGUCUGGAGAAGGUCCCGGGGAUUUUCAUCUCCCGCCUGGUGCCGGGCGGGCUGGCAGAGAGCACCGGCCUGCUGGCCGUUAACGACGAGGUUCUGGAGGUCAACGGCAUCGAGGUGGCGGGCAAGUCUCUGGACCAGGUGACGGACAUGAUGAUCGCCAACAGCCACAACCUCAUCAUCACCGUGAAGCCCGCCAAUCAGCGCAACAACAUCGUCCGAGGAGGCGUCGCCUCGGGGAGUUCGGGCCGCUCCUCGGACAGCGGCGCCAGCUACCACGGCUACUCUGCCCACGCCGCCGCCGCCUCCGGACCGACGCACAUCAUCCAGAACUUCCCCGUCGGGGAGCUGGAGAGCGACGAGGAUGACGAGGACCUGGUGAUCGAGGUGGGGGGGGAGGCAGAGGGCGUCGGACGCUCCGCCUCUGACCACAGCGUGCCCUCUCUGCCGCGCUACGAACCUCACCUCAACCUGCGCUCCGCCGGCAGCUCCGGCUCCGCCUUCUCCGCUAACGCCAACGGCUCGCUGCGCGGCAGCAGUGGCUCGCUAAAUAACGCCAACACCAGCUCCGCCACUCCGUCCCCCGACAGGGCGAAGGAGAGGCGGAGCCUGGAGGAGGAAGGGACUGUCAUCACACUGUAGGCCGCGCGUCCCUCACUGACCACUGGAGGGCGGCAGAGCAGCCGGUAAACAGCAGGCUGCUGCGGCGCCAUAGUGGUGAAUUGAACUUUAAUCACUGCGUCCUGAUUGGAUCUAGUUCAGGGAACUGCUUCCUGUGAGCGGCCGGGAUUCCCUGAAUCUCAGAUUAUUUCCUGAAACAUUUAGCUGCACCUCUGGAAAAGAUGAAGCUGAGUCCUUUUUCCUGCUAACAUGUCAGAACGUUGACCUGUCUCCAUGUUCUGGCCCCGUACUGCCGGGAGAUUUAGCUUCAAAUCUAAUCACAUUUUGUUUUUCUACCCUUAAAGUUCAGAAUGAAAAUGAAAAUGAUGUGGG